AGUAGUGAGGAAUGUUGUGCUUUUUUAUUUGAAUUUGACACGAUUCCGUCAUGAAGCCUUGAAAGCCAAAAUACUUUUUUCACUGUUUAAAACUAGAACUAAAUUAAAAGAUGAGUUAAAAUGCUAUUUGUAAGAUUUAAAUGCAUUUUUUAUGUGUCACUGAUUGGGACGUGGAAUACUUGAGAUGGAAGUGGCUUUCGUAAAUCCUGCAGUUUUCACUUGCACUUCGUAGUGGGCAUAAUUUUCACAAGCAUUUAAUUUGCAUUUCGGGAUGUUUGAUUGUUCUCCAGGAAACCGUGACUUUGAGAAACGACGAGAUGGCACAUUCAGGUGUUUCAGAUAGAAGGUAAGGCCUUUUGCUGUGCCAGAGAUCACGCCGUCUCCUUUUGGUGAAGACCACGAUGUCACAAUUACCCACGUCUCCGUCUUGCCAUUGGCAUGGAAUGCUCUGGGCGUUCGGGUGGAGCGGCUGUCACUCGUCCACGUGGCCCCGCCUCCUGUGGAUAAUGUGGGCGUGGCUAAGCCCGGGGUCUUGGGCGCACCAGGGCACCCAGCCCCACUCCAUCAAGAUCGAGGGCGACAUCACGCUGGGCGGGCUGUUCCCGGUCCACUCCAGGGGACCGCCCGGCGUCCCCUGCGGGGAGAUCAAGAAGGAGAAGGGCAUUCACCGCAUGGAGGCCAUGCUGUACGCCCUGGACCAGAUCAACAGCGACCCCGAGGUGCUGCCCAACAUCACGCUGGGGGCGCGCAUCCUGGACACCUGCUCGCGGGACACCUACGCCCUGGAGCAGUCGCUCACCUUCGUGCAGGCGCUCAUCCAGAAGGACACGUCGGACGUGCGCUGCUCGAACGGCGAGCCGCCGAUCAUCCGCAAGCCCGAGCGCGUGGUGGGCGUGAUCGGGGCGUCGGCCAGCUCCGUGUCCAUCAUGGUGGCCAACGUGCUGAGGCUCUUUGAGAUCCCCCAGAUUAGCUACGCCUCCACAGCGCCGGAGCUCAGCGACAACAACCGCUACGAUUUCUUCUCCCGCGUGGUCCCGCCCGACUCCUACCAGGCCCAGGCCAUGGUGGACAUCGUCAAGGCGAUGGGGUGGAACUACGUGUCCACGCUGGCGUCGGAGGGUAACUACGGAGAGAGCGGGGUCGACGCCUUCAUCCAGAUCUCCAGAGAAGCAGGGGGUCUAUGCAUUGCACAGUCCCUUAAGAUUCCACGAGAGCCAAAACCAGGAGAGUUCGACAAGAUCAUCAAGAGGCUGAUGGAGACCUCAAAUGCCCGGGGGGUCAUUAUCUUCGCGAAUGAGGACGACAUCAAGCGUGUCCUAGAGGCAGCGAAGAAGGCCAACCUGACGGGUCACUUCCUGUUUGUGGGCUCCGACAGUUGGGGCGCGAAAAACUCCCCAAUUCUGGACCAGGAGGAUGUGGCUGAGGGGGCCGUGACCAUCCUGCCCAAAAGGGCUUCGAUUGACGGGUUUGACCAGUACUUUACCUCAAGAUCUCUGGAGAACAACCGAAGGAACAUCUGGUUUGCCGAGUUCUGGGAGGACGAUUUCAGGUGCAAACUGACGAGGCCAGGCAUCAAAUUAGACAGCGAUAAGAAGAAAUGCACAGGCGAGGAGCGGAUCAGCCGCCACUCCCCGUACGAGCAGGAGGGGAAGGUGCAGUUCGUGAUCGACGCGGUGUACGCCAUGGCGCACGCCCUGCACAGCAUGCACCUGGACCUGUGCGCCGGGGCCGCCGGCGUCUGCGACAAGAUGGACCCCGUGGAGGGCCGGAUGCUGCUCAAGUACAUCCGCGCCGUCAGCUUCAACGGCAGCGCGGGGACCGGUGUCCUCUUCAACGAGAACGGAGACGCUCCGGGACGUUAUGACAUCUUCCAGUUCCAGAUGUCCAAUACCACCUCCCCGGGCUACAGGGUCAUCGGCCAGUGGACCAAUCACCUGCGACUCAGUAUUGAGGAGAUGCAGUGGUCCGGCGGGGAGCGGCAGGUCCCGGACUCCGUGUGCAGCUUCCCCUGCAACCCGGGCGAGAGGAAGAAGAUGGUGAAGGGCGUGCCGUGCUGCUGGCACUGCGAGCUCUGCGACGGCUACCAGUUCCAGGCGGACGAGUUCACCUGCGAGACGUGCCCCUUCGACAUGCGCCCCACGGAGAACCGCACGGGCUGCCGGCCCACGCCCAUCAUCAAGCUGGAGUGGCACUCGCCCUGGGCCAUCAUCCCCGUCUUCCUGGCCAUCCUGGGCAUCCUGGCCACCCUGUCCGUGGUGGUCACCUUCAUCCGCUUCAACGACACGCCCAUGGUGCGGGCCUCGGGCCGCGAGCUCAGCUACGUGCUGCUGACGGGCAUCUUCCUCAUCUACCUCAUCACCUUCCUCAUGAUCGCCGAGCCGGGGCCCGUGGUGUGCGCCUUCCGCAGGCUGCUGCUGGGCCUGGGCAUGUGCAUCAGCUACUCCGCCAUGCUCACCAAGACCAACCGCAUCUACCGCAUCUUCGAGCAGGGCAAGAAGUCCGUCACGCCGCCCAAGUUCAUCAGCCCCACCUCGCAGCUGGUCAUCACCUUCAUCCUCAUCUCCGUGCAGGUGCUGGGGGUGUUCGUCUGGUUCGGCGUGGUGCCCCCCCACACCAUCAUCGACUACGAGGAGCUGCGCCCGCCGAACCCGGAGCUGGCGCGGGGCAUCCUGAAGUGCGACAUGUCGGACCUGUCGCUCAUCUCCUGCCUGAGCUACAGCCUGGUGCUGAUGGUCACCUGCACCGUCUACGCCGUCAAGAGCCGCGGCGUGCCCGAGACCUUCAACGAGGCCAAGCCCAUCGGCUUCACCAUGUACACCACCUGCAUCGUCUGGCUGGCCUUCGUCCCCAUCUUCUUCGGCACCGCGCAGUCCACCGAGAAGAUGUACAUCCAGACGACCACCCUGACGGUGUCGAUGAGCCUGAGCGCCUCGGUUUCCCUGGGCAUGCUCUACGUCCCCAAGGUGUACGUCAUCAUCUUCCACCCGGAGCAGAACGUGCAGAAGCGCAAGCGCAGCUUCAAGGCCGUGGUGCAGGCGGCCACCAUGUCCACCCGCCUGUCCCAGAAGUCCAACGACAAGCAGAACGGCGAGACCAAGAUCGAGCCCGACCGGACGCAGUAGGGGAGGCGCGCGGACACGGGUAACUCCAGCCUACACCAAUCAAAGGAGCCCCAACAUUGAGCUGGAUAUCCCAGCAAAUACAGGAUAUAAUCAAAUUCCCAUGCAGUCAUACGGACUGCAGGAAAACAACGUGGGAUGUAAAUCUAAUGGAACUGGA